UCUUUCCUCAUCAACUGAUCUUUCAAGCUCUACAUCAGUUUAGCUUGAAUGAAUGUAUGUGAAUGAUGAGGCAGAACUUCAUCCAUUCGGAUGACUAAGGUUAGAUUCAGGUUAGAUCUGAAGUCCAUGUGUUAUCUUUAAUGACACUUGAAGAGAGAACAUUUGAAGGCAAUCCACUGUUUCUCUGAGGCUUUUGGCUUCACACCUUAUUAAGUUUCUCUUCGGGACACACAGCAUGUAUGGGUUUCUGUUGGUGUAGCCAUCAAGCAUGAAGUGGAAUUUGUUUAAGAAGAAACCUGAGGCCAUGGUGGCCCCCGAGCCCACUGGUGCCAGUGUCCUGACGAUGGCCCCUGUUGUAUCUACACCGGCAGACAACUCCACCGAGCACCAGGGCCCAGUCAGCAAGAAUGACGUCUUUGGUGACAUCAAGAACAAGUUCCUUAAUGAGAUGGACAAGCUACCAUUGCCUCCCUGGGCAAUCAUUGCCAUCGCUAUCGUAGCUGUGGUCCUCAUCCUCACAUGCUGUUUCUGCAUCGUUAAAAAGACUUGUCUUAAGAAGAAGAAAGGCAAGAAGGGAAAGAAAGGGAAGGGAGACGUGGGAAUGAAGAACAUGAAGGGAGGAGAGAAACAGGAAGAGGAUGAUGAUGAAGAAGAUAUAGACAUUGGAAUAACUGAAGAGAAAGAGGAGGAACCCAAAGAGAAGGAGAAGCUUGGCAAACUACAGUUCUCCUUGGAUUACGACUUCUCUGACAGCAAGCUGACAGUGGGCAUCUUGCAAGCUGCAGAUCUUCUAUCCAUGGACAGUGGUGGCACCUCUGACCCAUACGUCAAAGUUUUUAUUCUACCUGACAAGAAGAAGAAGUAUGACACCAAGGUGCACAAGAAAACCCUCAACCCUGUCUUCAAUGAGACUUUCCACUUUAAGAUUCCGUUCAAUGAAAUGGGAGGAAAGACACUGGUCAUGUCUGUGUACGACUUUGACCGUUUCUCAAAGCACGAUGUGAUUGGUGAGGUGAAGAUUCCCAUGAACACCCUGGACCUGGCACAGCCCAUUGAGCAGUGGAGAGACCUGGACAGUGCAGAGAAAGAAGAGCCUGAAAAGCUUGGCGAUAUCUGCAUCUCUCUGCGCUACGUACCCACAGCUGGAAAACUCACCAUCUGUAUCCUGGAGGCUAAGAACCUGAAAAAGAUGGAUGUUGGAGGACUCUCAGAUCCCUAUGUGAAGAUUCAUCUUCUACAAAAUGGAAAGCGACUGAAAAAGAAGAAGACGACUGUGAAGAAGAACACACUGAACCCCUACUAUAAUGAAUCCUUCAGCUUUGAGAUUCCACAGGACCAGAUGCAGAAAAUUCAAGCUGUGGUCACAGUGCUGGAUUACGACAAGAUCGGCAAGAACGAUGCCAUUGGCAAGAUCUGGGUGGGCAGCAAAGCGCAGGGCACUGAGCUAAGGCACUGGUCCGACAUGCUGGCAAACCCGCGGCGGCCCAUCGCUCAGUGGCAUCCACUCAAACCCGAGGAGGAGGUGGAUGCUUCGCUAGCAGCCCUCAAUGCCAAGAAGUAAUCCUGCCACUUCCCUUCUACUUCCUCCCCUACUUCCCUACUUGUCCUCCUUCCUUUCUUUCUUUCACUUUUCAACAUGCACAUCAUCUUCAACCAUCAAUCAGCACUGAAUUACAGCCAUAGGCCACCAGACUAGACACUAAAGGUAUCAAAAGAAGAUGAUUGGGUCGCAUCAACAGCUACAACCCAACACAAAUGAGAUCAAGGUUGUGUUUGAUUUAAUAAGGAAGCUAAAGAAAGACUGUUUCGACUACUAUCAAUGCUCUUCAAGACCAGCAGAUCUCAUAGGUCAGUAUGUCCUCUAAGAACAGUGUUCUUUGUGGCACAGCUUGGAGUUUGUACAUUUACACCCAAAAAUCCAAUAGAUCAACAGCAUUCCAAAGUUUUGCAUCGGGUACCAGGGAUAGAAACACACUGCCUCUUCCACUGCCUAAUUUUAACACAUUCCUGCUAGAUUCUCUGGUCAUCUAGAUCAAAUCAGUUACUAUGGUUGAGUCUGAAAGGACAAUGAAAAAUGGUUUAACAUUAUUGAAAAAAAUAAUAUUAUAUAUAUAUAUAUAUAUAUAUAUAUAUAUAUAUAUAUAUAUAUAAAUGGGAUUGGAGAGAUAGUUGGACUAGAUGCUCCUGACCCAACAAGAAGGAAUUUUUCAGGUGUCAUUGAUUAUACUGCCUGCAAACAACCUCUUCUUCGAUUCUUCUUCCACUGCCCAAUGUCCUAACACACCCUGACAAAAAGGAGACAAGCCUUCAAACAUCACGAAAUAAGCAAUUCUUAGCUUCCAGGGAUGUCUCCCUGUUAGCAUCCGCAUUUGUUUCUUUGCUUUAAUUUGUUGUAUUAAAUGUAUUCUGCCUGAGCACUUUAAAUGAAAGUGUGUUUUUGUUGUAGUCAAGCACUUUGUUUUUAUCAGUAUUUUUACCUACAAUUGGGAGUUUGUUGUUUUGAUUUAUGUUUUCGGUGUUCUGGGCCCACUCAUUAAGAAUUUACAACAGUAUUUGUUUUCAUGGUCGAUUGGUUUAAACCAGAAGUUCUUACAAGAAGUGAGAGUUUGACAGAGGGCACUGUUACAUGUGUACUUACACCACAUCUUACCAAACCGCUGAACUUAUUUGCACUACUGGAACUACAUUCUGUAUAUGUUGCUCUAGCAAUUGCAAUCUGUACUUUAGUGAUGGUGCAUUCUUGAUGCGAAUUUGUCAGAAUUUGCAUUUGCUAAAAAAAGGGAACUUGUAUAAUUUGAAAGUUGCUUUAGAGUGGCUUAGAGUGUUUGAGUCAGUUGUUGUGACAAUGUACAUCUCAGCAUAUAAUUGCAUUGAUGAACUAAGACUAAAUGAUAAAGAACAAAAUUUGGAUCCUCAUAUUGCCUGGAGAAACUCUUUUGCCAAUGAUAACACCUUGUGACAUAGUUUCAAUUAUCAACUUGUUGGGAAAUUUAGCAAAUUACAAGCCUGAAACUGAUCAAAAUUUAUUUUUGGGCAUAAUUUCUGGCAUAUAGACUUUUACAGUAAAUCAGAAAGAGACAAGAAUGAUUUCUGGGGAAAAUAGUUGUACUUGCAUACAGUAACCCAGUUUAAAAGAAGCAGCUUUUCUGACAGGCCAUGUUCAGUUGCAAUAACUCUGUUGUAGUUUGAUUGUGAAAUAGCAGGUUUUUCCACACACAUUUGCAGUGCAGUCUGACAUUUUUAUGUCUCUUUGCAAGCCUAAUGAAUGUGUGAUUAUUUAUCAUUUAUUUAUCACGUAUAAUUUGUUUAUACAACUUCAUCGUUUUUUAGUGAUGUCUUCUUUUAGGGAUCAGUGUUAUUUUUACUGUUAUUGUAGGUUAUUUUUUAGGUUAUUCUCUUACACAAAUGUGUCUCAUAUUACGAAAAGUGUGCACAAAGAAAUCACAACUUACAUCUAACGCCCCUUUUCCCAAAUCCAUGCUGUCGUUUUACCUAAAUAUGCAUAGUUCCAACUUUAUGAUACUGCAUGUUACAAUAAAAAAAAAGAUGUGCAUGUUUCAGAUGUGAAGCAAAAAAUAUAUUGUGUACCUAAGUAGGUGUUCUUUGUCAUUUUAAUAACAAAAAGAAGGGGGUAAGAUACUGUGUAUAUUUUCUAAUCAAAUCAAAUAUGUAUUUAUUUUCCAUGAGUGGGUACUGGAGAGAAUAUGAACUAUACUAGACUAAUCUUCAUUUUCAGAUUCAAUCCAUACCUGAACAUCAUGAGCAAAUAUGUUAAGUGCUUUGUGUGAACUAAUAUAGAAUGAAAACGUAGCCGCAUGCUUGCUAUCUACUAAUGUUGUUAAGGGAAUUUUUUUUUUUGUUUUAAUUCAUUUACAUAUUUAUUUAUUUCAAAUGAUUAUCUUAAUUUUAUAAUAUUUGUACAGUAAGUCUCUUUGUCAAAAUAUGCUUCUGGAAAGUAAAUACUUCCAUAGGGGGCUCCAAGUCUGAGUAUUUUCCCCCAUCUUAUAGGACCAAUGAUGCAAAGUUUUGGAUCAUAAAAUAUAUAUAUAUGUUGAUAAGUUGAUCAAGUUUUCUUUUAUCAUAUUACACUUUAUUAUCAUUUUUGUCUUUUUCACAAUCAGUGCCAAUAAGAGAAGUCACGUUUACUGCCAUUUGAUCUGACUUUACGUCAUUUUUACGUGAUUUUUUCGGACCAACUGAUUCCCUUUGGCAACAAAGUUGCAUUAGCACAAUAGUAUCAAUCAUGUUCUAGAAAACUUGGAGUCCCCAUUGUUUUCUAAAAGCAUUUAUUUAUUAGAUUGUUACAUAAUAACAGCGUUUAACUAGCCAAUAAACAGUAAGUUUGUGUGUGAGAGUGUGGAUAAGAUAAAGCCAUAAGACUUGAGCUGAUUCCUUGGAGCUCAGCUAAAUAGAUGUAUUUAAUAUGAUUCUAAAAAUAUCUCCUUUCAUAGGCCUGUGUAUCUCCUCACAUUCCAUUUAGUCUGUCAAGCUAUGGGGCCACACUGUUUCCUAAAAAUGGGCUGAUUUAACAUUGUUGGCAGUUUAACUUGCAAUAGUCUCUAAAAAAUGUGUGCUUUUUUUUUUAUUAUUAUAAUUUUUUUUAUUAUUAUGUAUUUCUUUGAGUUUUGUAAAUGCCUUGAUUUAACAAAAAGUGUGUUAGGGAAGUUUGCUUUUACAAACACUUGUGUGGUUGGUAUAGUUGUUUCCACUAUGUAUGUACACACAUGCAUUUAUGUGCAAAGGGCAGUUUAAAAGGGUUGUGUAAGCAUGGAAAUAUACUGUCAUUUAAAAUACAAAGUACCAGUUGUUUUUAGCCUUUUAAUAAUUAUUUUAUUAAUAAUUUUCUGAUUUAACUUUAACAAACAAUUUAUAUAAUAAAUUAUGGAGUAAUAAAAAUAAAAUGUACUAAAAAUUAAUUAUUGAUACAGGAAAAUGCUACUUAUAAAAGUAGACCCUUUAAAGGAUUAUUUAUUAAUUUAUAUAUUUCAAAUUUUAGGAAAUGAAACAGAAUUCUGCAGAAAUUAACUUGUCCAAGUAACUUCAAACAGCAUUACCAGAAAAGGAAUUUGAAUGUGUGUGACUGCGUUCAACAAUAAUGCAUAGGUCCUUUAAUAAAUAAUCAUUUGUUGUUAUUUAAUCGAGCACUGCCAUUCUGCCUAUAUGGCAGCAUGCACAAUGAACAUUUAUUUGAAACAUUCCUAAUUGUCAACCACAGAGUUGUUACUUGCAAGCAAUGAUAAUUCAGAGCAACGCUAAAAAGGGUAAAUGAGUUGCAAUAGUUUUGAUUCAGUUCCUCAAAAUGUGUACAAACUUCUGACUGAUUCUGUCUGCAGUUUGCUCUUAAUUUAGAUCAGCUUACAGAAGCAACUCAAGUUAUCGCUGUAACUCUCAGCAAGUAUUUUACGGUGUACAAAUGAAAGAGAGACUGUUCUAACAACCAUAGCAGAGAUGUUUUCACAAUUUUGUUGAUUUCUUUGGAUGCUAGCCAACAAACAAAACAGCAAAAAAGGUAGCACUGUACAAUAAGGUUGUAUACGUUAACAAACAUGAACAAACAAUGAACAAUAUCCGACUUUUACAGCAUUUAUUAAUGUGAAUUUCUACAUUUAUUACUAAAUUUAAAGUUGUAUAUAGAUGUAUUACUGUAUGAACAAACAUGAAUGCACAAUAGUACAUUUACAAAUUAACAUUAACCAGUAUUAAUAAAUGAUGUAAAAAACUACUUUUCAAGCUGCCUAAUGCAUUUACUAAUGUUAACAUACAGUAUAGUACCUUUUUGUAAAGUGUUACCGCAAAAGAGCUGAUGUCUUUAUAUUUGCUUUUGCAUAGUCACAUAUCUAAGCAAGUGUUCUUUUUUCUUUCUUUCUCUUCUCUUGCACCUUUCACUCUGCUUAUUUGGAAUUGUACAAAUUAUCUUUUUUUCUAUUUGUGGUAUUCUGUUCUUUAAGUCAGUGGGAGACUGUGAGGGUUUGGCCCUCAGGCCUGUUUGUACCCGUUUCAGUGUUCUUGUGUGUGCGUGUGUGUUCAUGUCCGUAAUGUUGUGCCUAGUGUGGAUCAAUCGCAUGCUUUAGCCUUGAUGGGACACUUUGACAAAACGUUGCUCACAGACUCUCCCCAUGACCCCCUAGUGGACAGUACAUGAGCAUCGGCAAUCCUUGUAAAGACAUAAAGGGAACCAAAUAGCUCUACAGAUUUAUCAUAUGUGUUACCAGCUCUGUUCUGAAACAAAUGAUAAAAAUAAAGGCCUUUUAAUUACACUUA